AUGCUAUGUUUGAUACCUUUGGUGAUUGGUAGUUCAUUUGUGUUUUCUAAGUUCACUGCUAGUGAAACAAUGAAUGAGUUAAUGACAUAUUCGAAAGCGGGACAAAUCGUUCAAGAAGUGUUUAGUUCACUAAGAACUGUUCUUUCUCUCAAUAGUAGCAAGUUUGAACAAAAACGAUACGAAAGAGAAUUGUAUUCUACUCGUUGGAGUGGUAUACGGCAAGGUGCAAUAUUUGGGGUUUAUACUGGAUGGAUAUCUCUAACAACUUAUCUAGUUUAUACAAUUGGUUUUAUCUUUGGUUCUCUUUUUAUGUCAGACAAAUUACAUCAUAGUUUGAAUAUUAGUGAUAUUCUUGUCUCAUUUUCAGAAGCUCGAGGUGCAGCAGUAGCGGUGUUUCGACUUAUUGACGAGGGAAAUGAUGCAAGUGUCAAUGAAACAGAUGUAUGGAAAGAGGAUACAGAACAGAUUUAUAAUAUCAAUGGUAAUAUUGGAUUUGACAAUGUCAACUUUAUGUAUCCAUCUCGAAACGAUGUACCAGUUCUGCGUAAUCUCUCUCUUAUUGCUCGUGCUGGUCAAACAACUGCUCUCGUAGGCUCAAGUGGCUGUGGAAAAAGUACCUGUAUAUCACUUUUUCUUCGUUACUACGAACCUUCAUCGGGUCGAAUAACGAUCGAUGGUCGACCGAUAACAGACUACAAUAUCCAACACCUUCGACAAAACAUUGGAGUUGUUAGUCAAGAACCUAUUCUGUUUGGUAUGAGUAUUUAUGAAAAUAUUCGUUUUGGUAAAUUAAAUGCAUCACAAGCAGAAAUCGAGCAAGCAGCACGAGAAGCAAAUGCACAUAAUUUCAUUAUGCAAUUACCAGAUAAAUAUGAAACACUUGUUGGCGAACGUGGUAUACAGUUGAGUGGUGGUGAAAAACAACGUAUUGCAUUAGCUCGUGCUCUUGUCAAACAGCCUACAUUUCUUUUAUUGGAUGAAGCAACAAGUGCACUUGAUAAUGCCAGUGAAAAAAUUGUUCAAGAAGCGCUAGAUCGAGCAUGCAAAGGUCGUACAACUAUUGUUAUUGCUCAUCGUUUAACCACAAUUCAAAAUGCGCAUCAAAUAUAUGUAUUGGAUAAUGGAAGUGUAAUUGAGCAAGGCACACAUGAAACGUUGAUGGCAAAAAAAGAUGGUAAAUAUCAAGCAAUGGUCAAAUGUCAACAAAUGGAAAAAGUCGAUGAUGAUAAAGAUGAUAUAACUAGCAUACAAAAAGCUAUAGAAGAAGAAGAAAAGUCGAUAAGAUCAAAAUUGACGCAACGUAUUCGUUCGAAAGCUUUUGCAUGUCUUCUUCGUCAAGAAGUUGCUUAUUUCGAUCGACCUGAAAAUAGUUCUGGUGCAAUUUGUACUCGUCUUUCUUUGGAUGCAUCAGCCGUUCAAGAGAUGAUUGGUACACGAUUAGGAGUCGUCUGUGAAGUUCUCGCACUAUCUAGCCGUAUCGCUGCAUCAAUUUCGGCUGCUGAAACAUUUUUUGAUUUAUUUGAUCGAAAACCAACUAUCGAUAAUACAUCUAUUGAAGGGCAAGAAUUGAUUGAUUUUCGUGGAGAGAUAAAAUUUGAUCAAGUCAAAUUUAUCUAUCCAACUCGGCCAACAUCUAUUAUUCUUAACAAAUUUCAAUUGAAUAUCAAGCCAGGUCAACGUGUGGCUCUUGUUGGUGCAUCAGGAUGUGGAAAAUCAACAAUAAUUCAACUGUUGGAACGUUUCUAUGAUGUUACAAAAGGUCGACUACUUCUUGAUGGCAUUGAUAUUCGACAACUAAACCUUCAUUGGGUCCGUUCUCAAUUCGGUCUUGUCAGUCAAGAACCUAUUUUAUUCGAUUUAACAAUUGCUGAAAAUAUUGCAUAUGGUUUAGAAAAUGUUCCAAUGGAAGACAUUAUUAAUGCAGCAAGUAGAGCUAACAUUCAUCAAUUUAUUGAGCAAUUACCUCAGGGUUAUGAAACGAAGGUAGGGUUAAAAGGCAGUUUUCUGUCAGGUGGUGAGAAGCAACGUAUUGCCAUUGCUCGAGUUCUUAUUCGUCGGCCUAAAGUAUUGCUUUUGGAUGAAGCUACAAGUGCUAUGGAUUCAUACAACGAACAAAUUGUACAAGAGGCUCUUGAAAAAGUUCAAAGAGAAGACCCUAGUCGAACAUCACUUAUUAUUGCUCAUCGUCUUUCAACUAUUCGUUCAUGUGAUUUGAUUUGUGUACUUGAUAGAGGACAUAUAGUGGAAAGUGGUACUCAUAGAGAAUUGACGCAACGAUAUGGUGCUUAUUAUAAAAUGCUUGCUCACAACAAUUUACAUUGA